AGCGUUUUGUCAUUUGUGUGACAUUUAUAAAAGCGAUCGUAGCGACGCGACAGCUUCGGAUUAUCCGUCUUUUCUUCGGAAUGUGGAAACUUUGAGAAAAUUUUGUAAUCAGAGAGAGACAGUGCUCGAUUUUUAAGAGAGACCCACAAAGAGACAUGUGGAAGUGAGAUUUUUGUUGGUUUCCUCUGUGUCUUUCUUUUUCACCUCUAUUUUUGAGUGGUGAGAAAGGAAGAAGAAGAAGACAGUAAUAAAUCGGAAAAAUGGAAAUGGGUCGUCGAGAUGUGAGACGUGGAGGAACCAAUCGAUUUCCCAAGAAACAAUCUGGAUCUGGGUUUGCUACAAAAUCGAAGAAAGGGAUGCUGAAGAAACUGGGUUUAGCUGAUGAGAAAUCGAACCAUAAGAAACACGAGAUGGUUUACGAUUUUCCUGCUUCAGAUUUAGAAAACGAGGUCUCUAGGAAGAAAUCUAAGCUUCCAAAAAAGAAUUGGAAAGAUAGUAAUGGUGUGAAUCAUGCCUCUGUACCACGGAAGCUUCGUUCAGCCAUGAAGAAGCGGAAUCUUGAAUCUGUUUCUAAGCUAACGUCUGCUUCAAAGCGAGUAAACCGGUCCAAAACCGGAAAUGAAUCUUUCAAGAUGGAUUUCGUAAAGAAGGAGAAUCAAGAAAUGGAAGCAGAAGCUACUGUUCCUGAAUCUAUGAUGAUUUCGAAAGAUGAGAAAGAAGUUGCAGAGACGUUAUACGGUUUAGCUGGAAUGUUUAUUGAGACUAGCUCUAUUGAUAAGAAGACUUGUGAUCCUUUGUCUGAUGAGAAAGAAACCAGCAAAGUUGACUCAACUUUGGUUGUGGAAGCUGACUUUACAAAAGGCGUAUCUCUUGAUCUGGAGGUUUCAGUUCUCUCUUCAGCCAAAACUAAGCUGAUUGAUGAUAUGCCAUUAGAGCAACUUGAUAAACAGCGGAGCUCAACAGGAAUGGUUGAUUUCAUCGAUAGACUGAAGCAGAGCGGCUCAGUGAAUGUGGCUGAUGCACAUGCAAGAGCCAUUGAAACAAAGGUAGCAACAAGUGAGACAGACUAUAAGAGCAACGGUCUUGCGCUAUGGCCUGGCCUAUCUUCGACGAGCCAAUGUGGUUCCCACGUUCUUUCAAAGCCAUCUUCUACAAAGCUUCCACCUUGGAUGGGUCAAGCAGUUUCUCCUUCCAAAAAUGCUUCACUCUUGAAUGAACCGUUGAGAGUCCAGCCGAGAAAGUUGAAGAAAUGUGCCUCUCACGUUUACAUUUCCCGACUCAUCAAAGCAUUACAGACCAGUAAAAGUAACCAAAUCGAGCAAAGAUCUUCAGAAAUGUUACAACCUUGUGGACUCCCUGAUCCGGUGACACCCAUUAAUGACUUUAAAAGCAUGGUUUCUCCAUCCCAGAGGUAUCAAUAUCCGCAUCCGCUCGAUUUACACAAGACACAUAAUCCAAAACCCGUGCAAGAAGACAUGACUCAGCUUGCUCUCGAGCUUUAUGGUCCGCACACCUCUUCACAGAAACAGAGCUACAAUUUUCUCUCUCUUUCAUCUGCUGGAGCAGCACAAUCUCAUUUCCCAAUUCCAAACACAUUUCCACAAUAUCCUAUCUCUACAGCUUACAAAAGCCAGCACUCACCUGCAACUUCUAGCCAUCAGGUGCAGCAGAUUUCUCCUUAUCUAGCCAGUCGAUUCCAAACCGCUUACAACGCAAACCAGCAGCAGCAGCAACAGCUUCAAAAAAGGCUAUGGGCUGCUCAGUACAGACCACCAACUAGUGGAAACACCGUGCCGCCAUUGUCGAGCCAAUACAGUAAACCAAACCUCUCCUUAAACCUGACUAGUGUUCAAUCUCUACACGUUGCUUCCUCCCCAAGGUUCAAUCUAUCUCAACAGCAACAUCGUCUCAUGGCAAUGUCAAUGAGCCAUCACAAUAACAAUCCUUCACGGACGGUGAUGAACAGGCAAGAGCACCAUUUCCCACUUAUCUAUGAAGAUACAAGAACACCAUUGCAACUACUCUGCAACGAGCAGUCGUGAAGAUGCUUUGCGUUAUGGUUAAAUUAGUUCUAAGGAUGAUACAGUUGGUUGAGAAAAAAAACGGAGAUCUGUUUCUGUCUUCGGCAGAAUUUAAGAAGGUGUGGUUCUCAGGUGAUGAAAUUCGGGAUGAACACAUUGUCGGUGAAAGAUGAUUGAAUCCCACUUGUUUGAGAAAACCCUUUAAUGUCUUUUUAUGUAAAUGAUCCACGAGUUCUGAAAAGGGGCAAAUUUUCUCUAGGACCCUGUUUCUGAAAUGAUAUUCACAGGAGAAAAAAAAAUUCUUUAAUGUCUUCAAGUAUGUUUUAAUUGCAAAA